AUGGAUAUGCUGGAGGGUGGUCCAUGGUUUAUAGGAGAGCAACAUUCCUUUUUGAAGUUAUGGGCUCCUAAUUUGUCGUUGGGCAUGAAUGGGGUUACUAGGACCCCUAAGGGUUUAAGCCAUAUAGCAAGUGUAAUAGACAUCCCUCUUUAUAUGGACAAUAUUACCGAAUCGGGCGAAAGGCUUGAAUUUGCUAAAGUUUGCAUUGAGAUUGAUUCUUCGGCAGAGUUUAAGGAGGAAUUUGAGCUAGAGAUUUUGAGUGGUGAGAUUGCAUUAGUUAAGGUGGAGUAUGCGUGGAAGCCAUUUACUUGUGCUUGGUGCAACACAUAUGGACAUGUCCAAAGAAAUUGUCAUUUGGCUCCUAAGGAAACCAGACCAUUGUUACCUAAAAAGCUGACUUCUCCUCAUGUGCAAGAAUGGAGACAAGUUGCUAGUAAGAAGAAAAUGAGUGUCCCUCGAGAAGUAAGUAAGGAAAGGGUAAAUGGAAAGAAGGAAGGUAAGGCCCCUAAACCUGGUGAGAGUGUGGACCAAUUUAUGGUGCUAUCCAAAGAGCUUGAGGAAAAGAGAGAUAUUGCCGAUGGGGAGGAGAGGAAGAGAGGGAAUGGUAUUGAGGAGGGGUUGGAAAGAGAAACAGAGUGUGGUAGAGCAGUUUUGGGGGAGGAACUUGCGAAUGCCAAUGAGGAUAGAGAGGAGAGAACUCCAACUACGGAGGCUAUUUUCUUGAAUAAGUUUGAGGAGGGUGAUAUGGGAACUAGCUCUCUAAUUUGUCAACCGUUUGGGAACUUGGUGCUUGUGAAUGAAAAGGAAAGAUUGGAAAAGGAAAAAGGAAGCCUUUCUAAGAAUUAA